AUGCUAUAUAAUAUUGACAUAUCGGUAAAUGAUUUGAAGACGUUGAAGGAUAAACAUUGGUUAAACGACAAUAUAAUUGAUUGUUACAUGGCAAUGUUAAUUGAGCGAGGCAAAAACAAUUUAAAUUUGCCCAAGAUAUUUAUUUUCACUACGCACUUUUAUUCGAGUUUAGCAAAGAAUGGGUAUAAAGGAGUUAAAAGAUGGGCUAAAAGAAAGAAGAUUGAUGUGACCAAGAUGGAUUAUAUCUUUAUACCAAUCAACUUGUUGAAUUCGCAUUGGGUGUUGGGGAUAAUUAACAAUAAGAAACGGAGAUUUGAGUAUUUGGACUCUUUGAAUGGGGGGUCAUUUAAUAUAUUGGGCAAGCUACAGGAAUAUAUGGCAGAAGAAACCGAGAGGAUGUAUCCCAAUUAUGAUCGAGGAUUGGGAGAAUUUGAUUAUUACAAUUGGGAAGCAAUUGAGAGAAAGGAUAUUCCACAGCAGGAGAAUGGGUCAGAUUGUGGGGUGUUUACAUGUAUGAAUGUUGAUUUUUUGAGUCAAGAAAAGCAUUUGAAGUUUAGUCAGAAUGAUAUGAAGAAUAUCCGUAGAAGGAUGGCGUAUUCUAUUAUAUCUGGGGAAUUAGUUGAAUAA